AUAUUUUUUUUUUUGCUGACGUUUUUGACAUUUUUGACAGCUGAUAGAAAAUUAGUUUAAAAACAUUAAAAAACUUUAUGUCAGAAAAAUAUAUGUAUGUAAUUUUUUUAAUACUAUAAAUAUGAAUGAAUCCACGGAUUGGCAAAGCAUUGAAAAUGAUGAUUUUUUAAAACAAUUUUUGAGAGGUAAUGAAAAACAAAGUGUUACCAAUCAGAUACUAUCUGUAGCUCAACAAUUGAAUAAAUUAGGAGAAGCUGUCAGUAUUUUAGACACUGAAUUACAAAAGCAAGUUCUUGCAAAUUACGAGGAUUUACUGUCUCAAGCAACAUGGGUGGAAAAACUCGAAGGAGUUCUAGCAAUAAUGCAAAAUCACGUUCAAAGUCUUUUAUCGGCAGUAGAACGUUUACGUGGAAAAGUUGUGGAACCUUUCAAUAGAAUAGAAACACAAACUUUAAUGCUUGCAAGGCUCCACGAAACUUCCGAUUUAUUACGUAAAAUUGGAAGAAUGCAACAUUUGUCAAAUCGCUUGAAUUCACAAAUGAGUAGCACUAACAAUGGACCUGAUAUUGUUAAAGCUGCUAAUUGCCUACAUGAACUUGAAUUAUUGAUGUCUGACACGGAUUUAAGUAAUUUGGAUAUAAUAGCAGAUGAUCAUAAAAAUAUAAAAGCUCAUAAAAUAACAGUUCAAAAAAUGGCGACUAAUUCCUUGACUUCUGGAUUGCAAAAUAAAGACCGAGGCCAGGUAACAGUUGCAGUUCAAGUAUUCGAAAAUUUGGGUAUUCUCGAAAGUGCAGUGAACUCUAUAGAAGCAUCGGCAACUUCUGAAAUUGAAGAAUUCGCAAGAGAAGCUUUAGAUGUUUCAUUGGUUUUAAUUCAAGAACCGGGAAAAAGAGGUGCACCCGGAAGAGCCACUGUACCAUCGCCAGGUUCAUCAGGAAAUUUACGCAUUAAAUUAUGGGAAAAUCUUGAAAAAUUAUUUCAAGAAUCAAUAUACAAUCAAUGCAUUCAAAUGGAAUUAUUACAGAGGAUAUUACUUGAAAAUCAUUCAAAAAAAUUUGACAACAUGUCCGAACCAUUUUGGACAAAAGUAACUAAUAUUGUUGCAAAUAUUCUCGUUGAACGAGCACAAGGAUCAUCUUUUAUAAAACAAGCCUUAGAAGGCGAGUAUCCAAAAUUUUUAAGAAUAUUUUUGGAUUUAAGUAAACAUCUCAAAGAUCGUUCUCAAGCAAUAGGAACAUAUAGUGUAGAUCGAAAUAUUUUAGCCCCUUUUGAAAAUGCAUAUUUAUCACGAUCUGUAUCAAGACUUUUGGAUCCAGUUCAUACAAUGUUCUCCGGUGAUUGUACACCAAGUCAAGAAGAAAUUGACACUUUAAUUCGAACAAUAACCAGUGAAUUAAGUGUCUCAUUGGUUGAUGAGGGUUUAUCGACAAUAGUAUCGCGAAAUGUUGGCAAAGCAAUUCGUUUAUUUUGCUUGAAAUGUGAACAAAAUCUUGUAACUGGUGGUGAAGCAAGUCAAGUAAUUGACACUGCAACUCCUGGACAACAAACGAAUGUUAAUCUUGCAAAUCUUUUAUAUUAUUUAUCAGCUCAAAUAAAUCGUGUCAUUGCCAAUUUAUCGAGUAAUUUAUCAACAGAAAGUGCCAUUGUCAUUGCAACUGCUUUAGAAGAAACAAGUAAUUUAUCAAAAAAUAUUCUCACACCACUAUUAUCAUCGAUUAAUGACGCUAUUGAAAGUAUUAUCGUUACAAUGCACGAUGAUCCUGAAUUUAGAGAAACCAGUAGUCCUUUGGGACGGGAAAUUGGAUCUUCUCUCUACAUGCGUGAGCUUCAGGGAUUCAUUUUGCGUUCUGUGAAUACUUUUCUUGCACCUUACAAAAAUCAAGCAGUUGUUGCUGAUUGUUGUAAAUCUGUUGCUUCGAGGUGUAUAGAAUUAUUUGUAAGACACGCUUGUUUAUUAAGACCUUUAACGGAUUAUGGAAGAGCAAAAUUAAUUGUCGACUUUACUCAGAUGGAAGUAGCUGUCGCUCCACUUUGUAGAGGUGGUCAAUUAGGUUCCAUUGAACAGCAACAAUACAGAAUACUUCGUGCAAUGAAAGCUCUUCUUCCUUUGGAACCGGAGAAAAUUGUACAAAAAGUUCUUGAAGAUGACGAAAGUAGCGUUCCACCUUCACUUAUUCUUUUACAUCUAUUUUCAGGAGCACCUUCCGAUUUACCCUCUCCUCAUCAGAGUGCCGGUUGGUCUAUUAAUCGAUUGUCACAAUGGAUGGACAAUCAUCCAAAUGAAAAAGAACGAUUAUCAUUAAGUAAUGGACCACUUCAACGUUAUGAAUUAACGAUACGACAACGAAAUCUUCCGACAUUCCAUCCUCUAUUUCCAUUGAUGACAAAACUAGUGAGUUUUUACGAUCGUUAAAUUUGAAAAAAAGAAAAUCUGAAAAUGUAUUUUGUUAAAUCAUUCACAUAUUGUUAUGCCCUUCUUUAAAUAAAAGGAGAAAUUAUCAAAAUUCAAAAA